GCAGUUUACUCACAUCUCACGAGCAGCUCAAUAGACAGUUGGAGACAAAGUCGGUACCGGUUCCAUGUGUUUCCCGGAUAUAACUCAGUGAAAUCGGUUAGUUUGCGUGAUAAAAAUGAGUUUUUUAGAGCUGUGCGGGAUAAAUCGAUUUCUCUCGUGACGGGGAUAUUUGUUGACGCUGUGACCGUUUUGGGAUUAUUCUCGGAAGUCUGAGGUAAUUCUGCAAACAGUUUUCCUCCAAGUAUGGACAAGACCCAUCUUUCGAGCACUAAUGACAUCAUAAUGACAAGCUCAACAGGCCCCUACCAGCAGGAACCCCUGACUCCACCCAGACCCAACCAUCACCACUCCUCAUCCUCUUCCAUGUCCUCCCCGUCUCCAUCCUCUUCCUCAUCACCCCUCAAGCCCAACCAGGUCGGCCAGGUCAUCCUGUACGGGGUUCCCAUUGUAUCUCUGGUCAUUGAUAACAAUGAGAGACUUUGCCUAGCACAGAUUUCCAACACACUCCUCAAGAACUACAGUUAUAAUGAGAUCCAUAAUCGUCGCGUGGCGCUGGGCAUCACCUGCGUCCAGUGCACUCCGGUUCAGCUGGAGAUUCUUCGUCGGGCCGGAGCCAUGCCCAUCUCGUCACGCCGCUGUGGCAUGAUCACCAAGCGAGAAGCCGAGCGCCUCUGCAAGUCCUUUCUGGGAGAGAAUGCACCGCCCAAACUGCCCGACAACUUCGCCUUUGACGUGACACAUGAGUGCGCUUGGGGUUGCCGUGGUAACUUCAUCCCGGCACGCUACAACAGCUCCAGGGCCAAAUGCAUCAAGUGCUCCUUCUGCAACAUGUACUUCUCCCCAAAUAAGUUCAUUUUCCAUUCCCACCGCACACCAGAUGCCAAGUACACCCAGCCCGAUGCUGCCAACUUUAAUUCCUGGCGACGACACCUCAAACUCAGUGACAAAAUCCCAGCUGAUGAGUUAGUUUACGCGUGGGAAGACGUCAAAGCUAUGUUCAAUGGAGGCAGCCGGAAGAGAGCGCUGCCCUCCUCAGCCCACUGUUCCUCCAUGGGUGCUAUGAAGUCUCUCCCAGGUUCAGUGGUGCCUCACAUGAUGGGACCCGACAUGGGUGCUCAGAAAAGAGGCCGCUAUGAAGACGAGGAUGAUCUGGAUGGAGGAAGUCUGUCUCCCCGUAAGACACCUCGUAGCUACCCUGUCAUCCCAGUCCCAAGCAAAGGCUUUGGCAUGCUGCAGAAGUUCCCUCCCACUUCGCUCUUCCCCUCACCUUACCCCUUCCCAGCAUUUGGCCUCUGCCAGCAAAAAAAAGAUGACAGUGAUGUUUCAGUUGCGCAGAAAGCAGCAGGGUUGUCGGGUCUUUUAUGGCCUGGCCGCAAAGACACUUUUUAUCCUCCUUUCUGCAUGUUCUGGCCACCAAGAGCGGCAGGAGGAAUCCCUGUCCCCACCUACCUCCAGCCUCAGCCCGGCGCCCUCUCCUCCCUGGCAGACAACCCCUCUCUCAGGCAGGCCUUUUUGGAUCUCUCAGACCCCAGCGAGCCUGGAGCUGUAGCUGGCAAUGGAAAUAGUGUCAGCGCCAACAUGGCCCCAAGCAGUGGGACUACCACACCCAGAUCUGGGCUGUUUGACCCAGAGUGCUCGACAGUAACCCCUGAACUUCGACCUGUGACGUCAGAGGGCUGGCUCAAACUCCUGGACACCCCAAACCUCCAAACCAGAAAGCCGAGCUAUGGCUCGGCCUUCCGCCCCGUCAUUAAAGAUGCAGAGAGUAUCGCCAAGCUCCACAGCAACAGUGGAGGAGUCACUGGGGCAACAGAUGAGGACUUUGGGGUCGUGGUCACCAGGUCAGACCGCCACCAGCGGCUAUCGCCCAGCAGCAGCUGUAGUUACGGAAGUGAAAGCGGAGGUGAUGGGGAGGCGGACGGAGUGGAGAGUGAGGAGGAGGGGGAGGUGGAUGUGGAGUCGUCGAAGCAGGAGGAUGAGGAGGAGGAGGGGGGCUUCACAAACAGGCUGCCACAGACUCAAACCAACCUGUACAUCCCUGCGCUGAGCGACAAUUCGGGUGACGAGAGGGGGAAGGAGAGAGGGAGUGGCACAGUGUAUCCCAGCACCUCCCCUCCCUCCUCCUCAGACCCCAUCCAGCAGGAGUCCCCCAGUUUGCCUGCCUCCCCUCCUGCCAGCCUGCCUCUCUCCAGCUCCACCCCGCCUCACCGAGAGGACCCAGCUUACAAAAACGUUCACAAAAAUAGAGACGAAGGACUACCUGCAUACGCAACCAAAGACAACUCCAGCAUUUCUGAUGAAAACAAAGAGCAGAAUAGUUUCUUUGUACCAGAGAGUGAGACGUCAGCACCCGACUACUGGAGGGAAAGCUCAGGUGAUCAGAGCCAAGGUGCUGCCUCUCCUGUGCCACUAAAGAAGGAUGUUGAGAACAUGGAGAAAGAGGAGCUCCAGAAGGUUCUGCUGGAGCAGAUCGACUUCAGGAGGAGACUGGAGCAAGAGUUUCACGCUCUGAAGGGCACCUCACCGUUUCCCGUCUUCCAUAAUUUUCAAGACCAGAUGAAACGAGAGCUCGCCUACAGAGAAGAGAUGGUCCAACAGUUACAGAUGAUUCCCUACGCAAACAUCAUCAGAAAAGAAAAGAUCAGCUCCCAUCUCAACAAGUAGCUAAAAGCCAGAGUCAACAAAAUCCCACAUGAGCAGAAGAAGCUGCCUGGAUUUCUGUGAAUGUCCCGAGAAUAAAAAAACAAACAAAAAACAGUCACAUGAAAACUAGGAAAUGUUGGAGAGAGAGACACAAACAGAAAGGAAUAUGACUCUAUAUAGUAUAUAUAAUACGUUUCUUACAUUUCCUUGGGACAGCGUUUUUUCCUGCCUCUGCAGUACAACCUCUGUUAAUAGCCCCUGCACUUAAACUCUGUCUGAUAAGAACACAUUCGGACCAGUUUGUACUGCCGUCGGGUAGCAGCGCGCUGAUAAAAGUUUCAUCGCUGUUUCCUUUCCCCUGGGUUCAGUGUGCUUCCCUAUCUGACUGAAAUGGAAGGGGCACAAACUUUGGACAUUGGGGGAAACAGAACAACUCUGCUCUUUCUUCAUUACUGCGCUGGCAGUCAGACUCAAAGCUUUACCCAAACCAGGACCAAAGCAACCACGACCGUUCUUGUCUUUUGUGAGUUUUAGGGCUGUUGACGACUACCAGGAAUUCAGUUAUAGACAUUGUCAGAAAACUCUAAACUUUUCUAAGCUCUUAAAAGAUGAAGAGGAACAGGAGAGAGUCAUAGAUAAAGUAAGACUGUAUGUUAUUGUCCAUGACUCUGACUGCUGCUGGCCCAACUGUACAUACACCAAACUGUGGAUAAGGACGGACUUCACGCUAAGAUUGUUGCUGUUGUUAUUAUUGUUGUUGCCGUGGUAUCACCAAAAAGGGGCCCUAAAGAGAAACAAACAUUUAAAACCUUUAUUUAUUCACAACAUUUUAUCACAAAGGGAUUCUCUUCAUCAUGUCCAGUUGUGUUUAUUGACCAAACUUCCCGGUGAACACAAAUAAUCGACAUGAUCCGGGGUCAGUCAUCACUGAAGAGGUCAGAUGCUUUUGGUGACGUGAUUCACCCAAGUUUGGUCUGUUACAUGUCCCAUACUUGAAUAUGCCAGAUGAAGAACAAAAUAAAGGGGGAAAUGAUGGAGGAUUGGUGUUUCGAGUUUUAAACCUAAUGAUGCAGUUAGAGGAGUAUUAAUAAAGGGUGGUACCACAGAAAGGGUUCACACUUCAUGCAAACUGUACACUGGCAGAACAGUUUGUUUUUAGUUUUAGUAUUUUGGUAGUGAUUUCUCUGAAUGUGCAAAAAACCUACAGUAUUUUGCUCAAUGCAGUUGUUGCUGCAUCAGAUUAUACAUUCUUUCACCUCUUCUACUGUUAAUUUUUGAGCAUAUCAAACAGCUGGAGAAUCCUUUUCCUCAAAUGCACCCACAAGGUACUAUUUACCCUCCACCCAAAUGUUCUAACCAUCAACCUACAGGCCUCACCUCCACCUCGAGGUGAAGCAUUGCCACCAUCAGCUAAAUGUGUUUGGGGUGUCAUAAGAUGAAGGUGAAUACACAUUUAAAGGCCAAUUCAGUGUAUGUGUUUGUUCUCCAAAUGAGUGUCCGGGCCACGAGGAACAAAAGACUGAACUUUGUCAGUGUUGUAUAUCUACCUGUAAAUUAUUUCACCUGACUGUAUAACAUGUCAUAUGUGAGAAUACUGAACUUCACCGUCAGUCUAUCUAUGUGUUUGUUUGUUCGUUUGUUUAUUUAUUUAUUAUUUAUUUGAGUAUCAAGGUCUAAGACCCUGAUUGUGAAAAUAUUAUUUAUUCUAAUGUUAAAAGAAAAAGAACAAGACAUGAGGAUGAUGCUGAUGGUGCAGUCAAGGAUGUCAGAAAGAAUAAAAAAGAGAACUCAUCCACCUUGUUUAUAGAAUGAAAUGAAUGAAUGAAUAAAGUUGUCAUUUACUGAGAGAAAUGUUAUCAUUAUAAACUGUUAAUGCAGAUGUAUUUAAAUAUGUUCUUGUAGUUUCUCUACUAUUUAUGUGUAAAUUAAAAGUCUAUACAAUAACCAGAA